UAUAGAUAGAAAUCUUAUUCAGUGCUUCUCUUUUCCUUAAUUAGCACUUUGGUACAUGCUUGGCCAUUGUUUUGAAGCUUAAAAUCUGAAUAGCGUCAAAUUUACACACGUGUGACGUAGUUGCCAAAUGUGUCCGGAUGUAACUCAUGAUGUGUACAUUUACAUGAAUGUUUUGUUGGAGAAAGAGGGCACUGUCCCGUGGGGGUCAACAGUGUUUGGAGAUGAUAAUUGGAAUUGAGCUCAUCAUACACAUGCUCACCUCCCAUUAGAACCGCAAUGACCACACAAAGUGUUUGAGAACUGAGGAGGUCAGUGUGUGUGUGUGUGUGUGUUUAGAAAGGGAGGGGAGAUCUGGUCUGAGACAUAAAUUGUGAGGAAGAGGAGGAGGAAGAUUACAGAGAAUGAGUGGUAGACGUAUCUCAGAAGCUCACUGAACCUUUUACUUUAGGGAGAGGAGACCAUAUCAGGAUUACCAAGACCAGGACUUCACAGUAGAGGAGAACAUCCUUCAGGAAAAGACUUGCCAAAAGAUACAAGUUAUGGUGCACAUCUGCAGGCUGUUUGUGGUGAUGGGGAUGUUGCUGUGUCUAAGUGCCCAGUUUGCCAGCUCUCAGCACUGGUCUCAUGGCUGGUAUCCUGGAGGAAAGAGAGAGAUAGAGGUUUACGAUUCCUCCGAGGUUUCAGAGGAAAUUAAACUCUGUGAGGCAGGAAAAUGCACCUACCUGAGACCCCAGGGAAGAAACAUUCUGAAGACAAUACUGCUGGAUGCCAUCAUACGGGAUUCCCGAAAGAGAAAGUGACAGCAAGAUGACGCAACAGCCUGUGUCCAAAGAAAAAUCAUUUCCAGCAAACACAUUAGGACUGCAUUCCCAUUCAAAUUAUAUAUAUAAUUAAUUUGUAA